AUGGCACAUGCUACACGGGCACUCCGGCCAGGAGUAUACGUGCCACUACCAACUUUCUUUGAUGACAACCAAGAAAUUGACUUUGACGGCUAUCGGAGACAUCUGCUAGCUAUGGUCACCCGCGGCAUGGUACCAGUAUGUGCUGGAUCCUUAGGGGAAGCUGUUCAUCUGGAUUUCGAUGAGCGUGUAUCCCUUAUCCGCUUCAUCAGGGCAACUUUGGAUGCGGAAGGGCUCCAAUCUACACCAAUAGUCGCUGGCGUAGGAGGGCUCAGUACCAGAGAAACUAUUAGUCUGUCCAAAGCUGCAGCAGAUACCGGGGCAGACGCGGGUAUGGUUAUUUUACCUGCCUAUUACGCUGCAAGUCUGAACACGGACAUGGACCAAGUCAUUCAAUAUUACAUUGAUAUUUGCGAAGCAUCACCGAUUCCUCUAUUGCUAUACAACUUCCCUUCCAACGCUGGCGGCCAGGAUAUGUCUUCAGAAGUUAUCAGUGCAAUUAUGAAGAAAACAGCUAAUUUAUGUGGAGUGAAGUUGACAUGCGGUGGAAGUAUGGGGAAGCUGAUCCGUAUUCAGGCCCUGAUCUCCGAAGAUACCACAAUAAAUGAGACUCGGAAAUUCCCAUUCCUCUUGCUGGAUGGCCUUAUUGCGGAUCUGACCCCUUGGAUGCAAUGUGGUGGUCACGGCACUGUUAGCGGUAUUCCUAACUUUGUGCCAGUGGCUUCUAUGAGGCUCUGGUCACUACUGAAUUUGCCAUUACCAACGGAGACCGAGCGCAAGGAAGCGAGAAGGAUUCAAGGGAUUCUUGCGCGGGCUGAUGCUGCUGCGGUUCCGGGUGGUAUUCGGGCCAUGAAGUAUGCGUUACACAAGCUGCAUGGGUAUGGAAUUGCUCCGCGAAAGCCAUUGCUUCCGUUGAGGGAAGCCGAAGGGGAUGAAUUUAUGAACGCUUUGGAUGAGGCAUUGCGACUUGAGUGUGAAUUAACAGAUGUAACGUCAACCACAUAG